AUGAGUAAUAUUCAUGGUAUGCGAGUAGGCUUAUUCACACCAGACAUGGCAUUUGGAGCUAUAACAAAGCGACAAAUUGGUCAACUUGAAGAGCCAUCGAGAUUACGGUUAGAAGCUGAAAGAAUUAUCACCACCCACAUCAGACAACGUGAGCAGAAAUGCAAGGAACAAUUAAUUCUCAUGAUUGAGUAUGAGGUGGCAUAUAUGAAUACAAAUCAUAAAGAUGCUCAAAACAAUACAGGAAAUAAGUCAAAGGCAGGAACUAGAAGCUUGGGAAAUGAAGUCAUUCGCAAAGGACACAUGUGUAUAAACAAUCUUGGCAUAAUGAAAGGAAGAUCCAGAUCAUACUGGUUCGUUCUGACGUCAGAAAGUAUUCCAUGGUUUAAAGACGAAGAUGAAAAAUAA